AGGACACAGUGAGCGGACAUUCGGAAUUUCACUGGACUAGGGAGGAGCUUGGCCCGACCACCAUGCUGAGGCUGGCCCCCACUGUCCGGCUGCUGCAAGCCCCCUUGGGGGGCUGGGUGGUCCCCAAGGCACACAUCUAUGCCAAGCCAGCCAGAACACCCACUUCUCCGACGGAGCAGGCCAUCGGGCUCUCGGUGACGUUCCUGAGCUUCCUGAUCCCCGCCGGCUGGGUCCUGUCCCACCUGGAUCACUACAAGAGAAGCUCUGCAGCAUGAAGGCUCCACCGUCACUGCUCCAGGCAGACUGGAGACGGGAUUAAAGCUUCCUUACUCCU